AUGGCUGGCUCAACACCCGAUAUCAACUCCAUCCUGAAGAUGCUUGGUGAUGCGACCCAGCGACCCGCGGCUUCAACGCCCACGCAGAGCCAUCCCGGCAUUCCGGCGCCCGCCCCAGCCCCUUAUGCGGCCCUGGGCCAAAACCCAUACCCGCCUCAGUCGGCACCAUACCAAGCCGCACCGGCGUACCCCUACCCUCAACCGGCUUCGAGUGGAAGUAUCGAUCUCAGUGCGAUUCGCCCAGUCAAUUCGGGCACUGUGCAGCUCGCCGACGCGAUCGCAAAGGCCAAGGCCUACGCCACCGAGAAGGGCGUCACCCCGUAUGAACGACAAAAUGACCCCUACCCCGACCCCCGCCAGUCCGAUUCCCGUCACUACCAGCGCCAACGGUCCAAAAGCCCCCGUGGCCGCGACGCAUUCCGCGAUAACUUUAACCCUUACCGAGACGAGAGGCGCGCCGAGCAUGGUGGACAAGAUCGUGGUGCCUAUGGCCGUGAUCGCUCUUACUCCCCCGGCCGUGGUCGCCAAGGUUUCUCCCCGCGCGCUGGACAUGGCGGUGGCCGUGACCGAUCGCCGUUGCGUGGCAAAGAGGACAACGUCGAGACGAUUGAGAUCGAGGCGAGCUUGGUUGGAUUGAUUAUCGGCCGCCAAGGAGAAAACCUACGUCGCGUCGAGAGCGAGAGCCGCUGCCGAGUUCAGUUUAUCCCUCCUACUGGUCAGAACGAUCAGUUCCGACUCUGCAGGAUCACUGGCCCUCGUGCGCAACGCGAGGAGGCCAAGGAAAUGAUCAACCAUAUCAUCCGAGACAGUGGCAUGCGUAGUGGUGGUGGUGGUGGUGGUGGUGGUGGUGGUGGCGGUCCCCCGUCCGGCCGUGAAGGUGGUGGUCGUGGACCUGCUCCUCCCCCCGUCCCGAAGGAAGGCGAGGACAGCCUGCAGAUCAUGGUCCCCGAUAGGACGGUGGGCUUGAUCAUUGGCCGUGGUGGAGAGACUAUUCGGGACCUCCAAGAGCGCAGCGGCUGCCACAUUAACAUCGUGAGCGAGAACAAGAGUGUUAACGGCCUCCGCCCUGUCAACUUGAUCGGCGCGCCUGCUGCGGCUCGCCAUGCCAAGGAGCUCAUUCUCGAAAUUGUGGAUAGUGACAGCCGGAACGGGAGCAACCCCAACAACGCCCGCGGUGGCCGGAGCGACAACUUUGGUGGAGGCGGUGGUGGUGGUGGCGCGUUCGAGAAGACGAAUGACUCUAUUUACGUCCCUUCCGACGCCGUCGGCAUGAUUAUCGGUAAAGGUGGCGAGACAAUCCGCGAGAUGCAGAAUGUGACCGGCUGCAAGAUUAAUGUUUCGCAAUCAUCUGGCCCUGGCGAGGUUGAACGUGAGAUUGGCCUAGUCGGCACUCGCGACGCCAUUGACCAAGCCAAGCGUGCCAUUGAGGACAAGGUUGACGCAGCCAAACAAAAGUCUGGCGGCGGCGGUGGACGCAACCGUGGCCCGCCGCGUGAUUACGAUAACCCUAACUAUGGUACCCAGCACUCUAACGCCAACAGCGCUCCCGUUAACGCCCCACCUGGUGGCUCAGCCCCUGCUGCUGCUGCCGCCGGAAGUGGUGGGCAAGCUGACCCUUAUGCCAUAUAUGGCGGAUAUGAGAACUACAUUGCCCUCUGGUGGCAAUCGCAACUUGCUGCCCAACAGGCUCAGGGCCAGGGCGGUCCCCCGGCGCCUGGGACCUCGUAA